AUGGCCAGCAAGGCUUAUGCAUUCCAGCAGGCAUGCCGCAUGCGCACUUGCACCCGCUGGCAGCCCAGCACGGGCACGCGACUCGACCACUGCGCUGUCCAAGGCGCUCAGCAUGCCUCUUCCUGCCGUGGACUGCUCUUCGGCUUUCAGACCACUCGGAACUUUGCUUCCUCCCAUUCCAACCGCCGCAAAUCCUCGUGCAAGCCGCCCAGGACCACAUGUUGCGCGCACCGCACCCACCACUGCGGCCGUAGCAUCGGUCAGCGUCAUGCCAGCACCAGUACCAACACCGGCAGUGGCAGUGGUACACCCUCAGGCCCGAGCAGACGAGCGAUUAGUGUGACCAGUGAUGACGGCCGGUACAACUGGUCCGAAUUGAGCACUGGAGAAAAAGCCGCGCGAGGGACUCAGCAAAUGUUCAAUUUCCUCCUGGUCUCCCUGGGUCUGGUUGGAACUAUUACCAUAUCCUACCUCCUCUACACUGAACUCUUCGCACCAGACAGUGCAACCGUCCAAUUCAACGCGGCAGUAAAGCGCAUUAAAUCAUCUCCUGAAUGUCGGGAACUGCUAGGCCCUGCAUCCCAGAUAAAGGCGUACGGCGAACCCACGACCAGCAAGUGGGCGCGCGCCAGGCCCAUUGCGCACAGUACCGAAACUGAUCGGUUCGGCAACACUCAUUUCCGCAUGCAUUUCAACGUUGAAGGGCCCGACGGUACGGGUGUGGUCAGUGUUCAUAUGAUCAAACCGAGAGACGGAGAUCGGUUGGAGUACCAGCUGCUCAGUUUGACUGUCAAGGGCCAUGAGACGAUAUAUCUGGAGAAUAGGGAGGCGGAACGGGGUGUCAAGGGCAAAGUGGGCAAGAUGUUCGGUGUCCAGUGGAGGUGA